AUUUUUUCUGGAAGCUUGCUCUAGACGCUCUAGAUUGUAACUUAUUAGAAGUUUCAACUUUAAAAAAAGGUACGAAACAAUAUUUUAAAAAUGUCUGAAGCGCUGAAGGCACAGCUGGAAGUUAAAUCCAAGAGCCAACAGAUUCAGCAAUCUUUGAACGAUCUGUACGGCUGGGAGCAGGAGGUGAAGCAGCAAAAGGAGGCCCAGUCUCGGCAGCAAAAGAAAGAGGAAGCAAUCUCGCCACCGGUUAGAAGCCAUGUCGAUGAAAUGAAUAAAUUCACCGAGGAUCAAUACACCAACGAAAAGCAACAACUAUCUACUGGCUCAAUUUAUUUGAAGGACGUUGAGGAAGCCGAGCAUUACAAUAAAAAGGGUAUUGAUCUGUGCAGGAGAGCAAAAGCAGGAGCAGAUGCCAGCUCGUAUAAUGAAAAAUGUGAUCUUAACGCCAUCUAUAUGUUUACACAAGCAAUUGAGCUGACCAGUCAAAAUCCUGAUUAUUAUGUCAACCGAGCUUUGUGUUAUUUUAACUUGGAACGAUUCGAAAAUUGUAUCACUGAUUGUAAUGCUGCAAUUGAACUGGACAGUACGUUUGUUACCGCUUAUUACCGUCGGAUGUUGACCUACGAGUGCAUGGGCAACAGCCAAUCAGCCUAUUUGGAAUGCCAGAAUAUUCUGAAGAUGUCAAAAGAUGCUAGUCUUCUGGCUAGAACAAAACAUGAUAUGGAGAGGAUUGGAAAACGUUUGAAGGAGGAGGCAGACAAGCAUAAGACUUUGGGAAAUAAGCAUCUCUCAGAAAAGGACUAUCAACAGGCUUGCGAAUGUUUCUCAAAGGCUAUUUCUGUAUUUGCUUCCGAACCAAUUUACUACCACAAUCGCAGUUUAGCCUACUAUCAUUUGAAGAAAUAUGAAUGCUGCUUGUUGGAUUGCAAUAAAGCUAUUGAAUUGGAUGCAAAUUACUUUCGUCCCUAUUAUCGGCGCGCUUGUAUUCGAGAACUUCGUACAGACUACCAAGGAGCCAUAAAUGAUUUGAAAAAAUUCCUUGAGCUGGUGAAAGACGACAAACAACGCUUGACUGCCGAAGGAGAUUUGGAACGUUUGCAGCGAAUUCUGUACAAAAAGUCAUUGCCAGAAUCUUACAACUGGAACGAUUUGAGGAACAACACUUCAGUCGUUAAUUUUGUCCAAAAACCGCCUCACCUGUGUUCUAAGAAACCGCUAAAGCGAAUUCCGAUCUGCGAAGUAUCCUCUUCCACUGAUUCAAAUAUGAACCCUUCCAACUACGUCAUCGCGUCCAACUAUGAAAAAAUUCCGGACUCAGUAAUUGAUAAGAUUUUUAAUAAUAACACUGGCGAGCGCGUGGUUGAACCGAAAGUAGAAAACAAGCUAGAAAACCUUUUUCCUUCAGCUUCGAUGCCCAAAUUGAAGCAGUUAUUUUCCCCACCUACAACGCCGUCCAGUCCUAGCGAACCGAUCGGUAAACAGUCGACAACUGGUGAUACUCAACCAGUUAGCAACAGAAACAGCAAACAGGUCUCUAGACCAGGGGAAUUGAAUAUUAAUAAGAAGUCUAUCAAGUUGAACGAGACUAACACCAUGGCAGAACCGCAGUCGACAGAAAAGGCGAAAGAAGAUAAGGAUAAAAUUAACCAAGGAAACUGUCUAUCGGAAACUGUACAGGAAGCCGGUGCUAAGUCUGAACAAGAAUCUGAUUCCAAGUCAACCAAACCCGAAGCUGAGGAAUCCAAAACAAGCCUAAAAUUAACCGGUUUGUCUGGCACUACAAACCCAAACCCUCCCAUUCCAUCGUCUAGCGUAAAAUUCUACCACAGCUGGUGUAACAUGAAAACAGCGGAAGAGAAAUAUCAGUAUUUGAAGACGCUGGAAAAUGCAUCCCUCAACAAACUCUUGGGAGUAAACAUGGGCAGUGAUAUGUUGUCGGACAUUCUGCAAGUUCUACAGCAAUUCUGUCUACAGGAUAAAAUAUCACCGAUGAAGAUUCUCAGUGAAGUAGCAAAGAACCCAGAAGCUGGAAUACUUUUUAUGAUGCUGGGAGAAAGAGAUAAGUAUGCUUUGAUUCAACUGCUGGACCUAAUGGAAGAACUGAAGGAUGACAAGGAUCAAAUCCUUGCAAUUAGGAAAGGUUUGAUUUUCUAAUUGCUAGCUGCAGAUUAACCUUUACGUACUUAAACUUAUUCUUAAACAAAUGGCUUUCAUUUUCUCAGUAUUGGUGCGAUUUUGAUAAUGCAGGAUCAAAUCAAUCAGGAAUUCAUUCUAGUUUUAGAAUUUGUAAUAGAACAUGCCACGCAGUUGGCAUUUUUUUUUAAAACUUGACGUAUUUUAAUAUUCAAAAAAAUUUACGGAAAUUAUUCUCAUUCUUCGCACAUUCAGAACAAGAAUAAAUUCGAUUGGAAUCUGUUUCAUGAAAAUCGCUGCCGAACUGAAAAAUUGCGAGUAAUAUGAAAUAUUCUGCAGAGAUACAGGUUGAGUGCGUAAGGUUAAGUGAGUGAUUUUGUGUUAUAACUUUUAUUUGUCGAUUGAAACUGAACUAUUCCUUCCGGCAUUGAGUUGGUGCAAGAACUGUUACUAUACCAUCUUGAA